AUGGUGCUUCCUGAUAAGACCUCCACAAGUAAAUUAUCUUUUAGAUUGGCCAUUCCUGAACAAUAUAGUGCAAUUAGAGAGAUGGUAAAUCUUGCCUACCGUAAGGAAGGACACGCCUUCAAGUUGGGAGAAGAGAGAAAGAGAACUUCUGAUUCGGAGGUGCAACAAUUAAUUCAAAGUACUCAUCACGAUUCAGAAAAGUGUGCUGGAAUUGUUUGUUUUUAUAGAGAUGAAACAGAAUUAAUUGGAAGUAUCUUUUUGGAAUUUACAACACAUGAUUUGGAUGGAUCUGGAACUUUAUAUUUUGGAAUGUUGGCUAAAUCUGAAAACAUUGAAAGAGGAACAAUGUUUAAAUGGGGACAAGAUGGUGAGGAACGUGGUUUUGCUCCAAUGAUUAUUGAAACUUUGAUGAAAAUUGGUAAAGUUGGAGGAUGUAAAACAGUUUCCUGUGUUGUUUUUCAUGUCUCUACUGCAUUGGUUAAACACUACAUGACUAAUUGUCAACUUGUUGAAUAUGGUAGAGAUGAGGUACCAUUUAAACAUGAAUUGUGCAAGGAAGUCGAGUUCAUUAAACUUCAUCGGUUUAUUGAGGAAUAA